AUGCCUCCUCUUAACGACACAGAAAUGGAAGUCCUUAGAUUCCUCCUUCUUGGGAUCCCCGGACUGGAGAAGAGUCACAUCUGGAUAUCCAUUCCUUUCUCAUCUGUGUACCUUCUUUCUUUGAUGGGUAAUUUUACCAUCCUUUUAUUAAUCAAGACAGAGCAAAGCCUCCAUGAACCUAUGUACUAUUUCCUUUCCAUGCUCUCCAUCUCUGACCUAGGGCUGUCUCUCUCUUCCUUACCCACAACUUUGGGACUAUUUCUAUUUGAUGUCCAUGAAAUUCAUGCAGCUGCAUGCUUUGCCCAGGAAUUUUUCAUCCAUCUGUUCACAGUCAGUGAAGCCUCUGUACUGUCUGUAAUGGCAUUUGACCGGUACGUGGCAAUCCGCAACCCUUUGAGAUACAGCACUAUCUUAACUAGUUCCAGAGUCAUCAAAACAGGGGUUUUUCUGACAUCUAAGAAUAUUCUUUUGAUCCUUCCACUGCCCUUUCUCUUGCAAUGGCUGAAAUACUGUCAUCAAAACCUGCUCUCCCACUCCUAUUGUCUCCACCAGGAUGUCAUGAAGCUGGCAUGUUCUGAUAACACAGUCAAUGUUGUCUAUGGACUCUGUGCAGCACUUUCUACUAUGCUGGACUUGGUGUUUAUUAUCUUCUCCUACAUUAUGAUUUUAAAAACUGUACUGGGAAUUGCUACCCCUAGAGAACAGUUCAAGGCCCUCAACACGUGCAUCUCUCACAUCUGUGCUGUGCUUAUCUUCUAUGUGCCCAUGCUGAGUGCUGCAAUGCUCCACCGGUUUGCCAGGGAUGUGCCUCCUAUGAUCCACGUCUUCAUGGCUGAUAUUUUCCUGCUGGUGCCACCCCUGAUGAAUCCCAUCGUGUACUGCGUGAAGACCCGUCAAAUCCGAGAAAAGGUUGUGGGGAAGCUUGGUCCAAAAAGAAGCUGA